CUCUAGGGCCGUGCAUGUGCUUACAGAGGAGGAGAGUAGUAGAGAGAGGUGGGAGCGCAGAGACACACGGAGCAGUCGCUGUGCGUGGAGGACUAUGACAGACCGGAGUGGCCGGAGUUAGGAGGAGGAAAAAAAAGAAGCCGCCGAGCGGGAGCUUCACCUGUCACGAAAAACCCACGAAGACGCCACCGCGGCGCAAGCAUGCGAUUCGGCAGAAAUGUGCGCGCCCGUGCUUCACUUGUGCCUUCGCUAACACCUACGGGGAGUUCACAUGUUCCUGCGCGUCGUCGGGGAGGCAAUGUUUAGGCGCAGACGAGCGACGGAGCCCCGCGGAGUUUGGAUGUGCGUUUCGUAACGUUGGCCUGUCAGAUGAAAGAGAACUGUUGUUCGGCUCAGGAGAAACAGCGGCGAGCAGCGCCGGAGCGAAUGUAGCCUUCUGGGGGAAGUCGAAACACUGUACCUGCCGGCGGCGUCUUCCUGCGCUCGUCCCUCCUGCCAGCGUUCAGUCUCUCGCGAGUGCUGUGUGGGUAAACGUAGCAGUAGGAUGCAGGUGAAGAAGCACCGCGACUCGGACCGGAGCGGAGGGGACAUGCUGGAGGGGGACGGCCUCCGCAAGAGCCCCUCGUGCUUCUCAAAUAUCAAGAUAUUCUUGAUAUCAGAAUGCGCUCUCAUGUUGGCACAGGGCACCGUCGGAGCAUACCUGGUGAGCGUGCUGACGACCCUGGAGCGGCGGUUCAACCUGCAGAGCGCCGACGUCGGAGUGAUAGCCAGCAGCUUCGAGAUAGGCAACCUGGCGCUGAUCCUGUUCGUCAGCUACUUCGGGGCGAAAGCUCACCGCCCCCGGCUGAUCGGCUGCGGGGGCAUCGUCAUGGCGCUCGGCGCCCUCCUCUCCGCCCUGCCGGAGUUUCUGACGAACCAGUACGAGAUAGGGGAGAUGUGGAGGACCGACGCGGGCCGGGACGUUUGCUCCAACACCACCGGCAGGGAGGCCCAACAGGCCGAGGACCUCGUGUGCGCCAACAGGGCCAACACCAACAUGAUGUACCUGCUGCUGAUCGGGGCCCAGGUCCUGCUGGGGAUCGGAGCGACGCCGGUGCAGCCCCUGGGAGUUUCUUAUAUCGACGAUCACGUGAAGAAGAAAGACUCUUCCCUCUAUAUAGGAAUCCUCUUCUCUACACUGGUGUUCGGACCGGCCUGCGGCUUCAUCCUCGGCUCUCUCUGCACUAAGUUCUACGUCGACGCUAUCUUCAUCGACACCAGUCACUUGGGCAUCACACCAGACGACCCGCGGUGGAUCGGGGCCUGGUGGGCCGGCUUCCUCCUGUGCGGUGCCUUACUCUUUACCUCGGCUCUCUUCAUGUUCGGCUUCCCUCAGUCGCUGCCGACGAAGGAGAGAGAGGAGGGGGCAGAAAGCGAGCAGGUUAUGCUUCCUCCCUCUCAGAGCUCAGAGUACGAGGCUCCAAAGCCCAGCAAUGGAGUCACGCUCAACCACGAGCCUGCCAACAGCCCCACCUGCUGUCAGCAACUCAGGGUGAUCCCCAAGGUUACCAAGCACCUCCUGUCGAACCCAGUGUUCACCUGCAUCAUCCUGGCGGCCUGCAUGGAGAUCGCCGUCGUGGCUGGCUUUGCAGCCUUUCUGGGGAAAUACCUCGAACAGCAGUUCAACCUCACCACCACCUCAGCAAACCAGCUGUUAGGUAUGACAGCCAUUCCGUGUGCGUGUCUGGGGAUCUUCAUGGGCGGUCUGCUGGUGAAGAAGCUGAACCUCUCGGCUCUGGGAGCCAUCCGCAUGGCCAUGCUGGUCAACCUGAUCUCCACCGCCUGCUACGUCUCCUUCCUGUUCCUUGGGUGCGACACAGGUCCAGUUGCAGGAGUGACGGUGCCAUAUCCCAACGAGACGCUCCGGGUGGGCGAGAAACCCGAGGCUCAGUGCAACAGUCACUGCAGCUGCUUCACCUCCUCCAUCAGCCCCGUGUGCGGCUCCAACGGCAUCACCUACCUGUCCGCCUGCUUCGCCGGCUGCAGCCGGUCGGGAAUCUCAGAGGCCACGUCGAACAUCUCUCAGAACCUGACCGGAUGCACUUGUGUAUCUGCUGACAGUAAACUGGCCACGGCGAUCCCGGGGAAAUGCCCGAUGCCCGGCUGCCGGGAGUCAUUCCUCAUCUUUCUGUGCGUGAUCUGUGCCUGCAGCCUGGUUGGAGCGAUGGCCCAGACGCCCUCUGUCAUCAUCCUAAUUAGGACCGUGAGCCCUGAACUGAAAUCAUACGCGCUUGGAGUGUUGUUUCUUUUGCUACGACUCCUUGGAUUCAUCCCACCUCCCCUCAUCUUUGGUGCUGGGAUCGACUCUACUUGCCUGUUCUGGAGUACAGACUGCGGCGAUAAGGGCGCCUGCCUGCUGUACGACAACGUAGCUUACAGGCAUCUCUACGUGAGCCUCGCCAUCGUACUCAAAGGCGUCGCCUUCCUCCUCUACACCACCACGUGGUAUUGCCUGCGUAGGAACUACAAGAAAUACAUCAAAACCCACGAGGGCUUCCUGACGCCCACUGAGUUUUACCCGUCCCUCACUGACGGCCCCAAACUCGUGGACAGGACAAAGUUUAUAUAUAACCUAGAGAACCAUGAGUUCUGUGAAAAUAUGGAGUCCGUUUUAUAGUUUGCAAGUCAAAGAAAACUAAAAGGACAAUGUGGACAUUCAAGAGAUUUUCUUUUAGGACUUCAUUCUUCUUUCCUUGAAAGAAUAAAACAAAAUGUUUUGGUUCUAUUUAACAGCCCGUUCAGGUCACAGAAAAUGUUGCUCUCCACCGUGUUCCACAUCUUCGAAAGGGUCCAUUGUAGUCGUUUACAUAGCAGCGAAGUUGGUGUUCAAGUGUUGCCAGUGAAUUCCUGUGUUGACUUGGAGAUAGAGGACAACCCCAGUUCUGUGGGGCUCAGUCCUUGAUGUUUCUUAGCGAGUGGACACGAUGCUACUACAUCUAGAGUUGCCAUAUUGUUUGUAGGUCUGUCAUGAUUCCAGUGAUCUGAGUGAAAAAUGACAGUUUCCUUUUCACUGUGUGUGUUCUGUCUGUCACUCUCAAAAAUGAGAUCGUUUUGGGUGGUUCCCUGGUUAUUUAAAAGUUGCCAAGUGUUUACAGACUAAUAGUUAAUCAGUCACUGCAUUUUAUUCCGAUGCAGGAGGGGUUUGUCAUAUAAAGAGAACUGAAGCCCCCUGGCUGGGUUCUUAUAGUGGCCUAUUAGACGUUUUCACUGUUCUUGUUCUCUUGCUGUAUCGUAGACACAGUUUUUGAUACUGCUUAGACUAGACUGUCAAGUCUUGUCACAUAGGUGCAAUUCAUAUUUGAUAUGUUUAUGACUAGUGCGACUAGUUAUAGGAGUUACCAUGUUUGUUUUCACAUCUGCAGCGUUUAUUCAACCUAACAUGUCUUAAUAAGGGAGUAAUUAAAUGAGAAUGUUAAUUGUAAUUUCUUUUUUUUUUCUUUUUUUUUUUUUUGGCCUCUGCCCAGAGUGGAAGGGCAAAAGAGAAAAUGUAAGAAGUAAUAUUUUGAUGUGUUUUGACAUUCGCGUUAAAGAGGUUAUGGGUAAUGUAUUUCAUUAGUCCCAAAUGGUUUUAUUAGAUUGUGUUUGAAAGGAAAGUAUAAAUUCUAUAUAUAUAUAAUCUAAUUAUCCGGGGUAUAUGUGUGUGUCUGAAGUCACAAAAAGAUUUGGGAUUUUUUUUGGAAUUCAUAUGAUGAAAGUAGUAUACUGGGGCAAAAAGAAACAAUCCGUGUCUUCAUGCUAGGCCGGUAAUAGUUGACAUAAAGGUUACAGAAACGUUACAUGAGGCUGUACGUGCAAGGUCAAACUACGUGAAGAGCACUGAAUUUAUUCCUAUUUGAACUCCUCAAAGAGACUCUGCACACAUGACUUGCUACUCUACUGAUCUCUCUGCAGUUACAGUUUGGACAUUGUCCCUUUUCUUACACUUUUUGUAUGGCACCAUAUCGUUUAUUUUACUCUGGAAAUAAAUUAUUUUUCAGAAAAUUCA